CACCAUACAGCCUUGCCACCUCUACUGCAUGCCCUUUUGUUCAUUUCCUCCUCACACUUGUUUUUUUUUCUCUCUCUCUCUCUCUCCCUCCUCCUUCCUAUCUUCCCCUCUCUUAAAAAGCACCAAAAACCAAUAAAACCAAGCCCAAACAAGAACCACUACCAAACUAUAACGCAUAUAUAAAAUAUACACAUAUCGACACUGCAAAUUUCAUAGGCAUCAACCGAGACAGAGAAAGAGAGAGCCCACAAAACGCUACACAGAAAGAAAAGCAGAACAGAAAAGAAAAACGCCUGCUCUGCUCUGCUCUGCUUUCCUUCCUUCCUUUUGCUCAUCAUCAAUCAAUCCAUGGCUGUUGAAGCUCGGCAUCUCAAUCUCUUCCCUUCCCAGCUCAUACCCAACAGGGAAAUGAUGAACCCAAUACAAGGAAACACAAAUCUCUACAGUGCCCAGAUUGGGUACGGGGUGCCAUUAUCAACUGGAGGGGUGGCUACGGAGGCUCUGCUGCCGACCUACAACUCAGGGAUCACGGAUUCGAUAAUGCCUCCGAAGACCUCAACCACCGCAGCCAUGAAAUCCGAUAGCGGCCUCACCUACAACGUUCCGAUUAGUCUACCAAGAAAGCGGUCCAGAGACUCCAUUAACAACAACAUAAGCCCUCCCUUCUCAUACCCAACUGCUCCGGCUAAUUACAAGAACUCAUGCGGGCCUUUCUCUUUUCUCGGCGAGGACAUUUCUCUGCGCAUACAGCAAGAGCAAUUCGACAUCGACCGUCUCAUUUCUCAACAUAUGGAGAAGGUGAGAUUGGAGGUCGAAGAGAAGAGGAAGAGGCAAGCGAGGAGAAUAAUGGAGGCCAUAGAGGUUGGGAUGGCGAAGAGGCUCAGAGCCAAAGAGGAAGAGAUUGAGAAAAUCGGGAAACUGAAUUGGGCUUUGGAAGAGAAGGUCAAGUCUCUGUGCCUCGAGAAUCAAAUAUGGCGCGACCUGGCUCAGACCAACGAGGCCACCGCCAAUGCUCUCCGCACCAACUUAGAACAGGUCCUGGCUCAUCAUCAGGUCAAGGAAGAACACCAAAACGACGCCGCUGCGCUCAUGGACGACGCGCAGUCGUGCUGCGGAAGCUGCGGCGGAGACGAGGAUCAAAACGACUGCGUCGUGGGUUUAGACGGGUGGCGCACGGUGAAGGGUACUACUAGUACUACUGAGGGUCACCGCGGGGAGGAAGGUACAAGCGGGCGAUGUGGGUCGAGUACAAGUAGGUGGUGCAGGAAUUGCGGGAAGGAAGAGGCCUGCGUUUUGGUUUUGCCGUGUAGGCACCUUUGCUUGUGUACGGUCUGCGGAUCAUCGCUCCACACUUGCCCCAUCUGUAAAUCCACCAAGAACGCUAGUGUGCAUGUGAACAUGGCUUAGAUCAAUUUUCACCAACAAAAAAAAAAAAAAGACAAGAAAAACAGGAAUUUUCAUGAAUAGAAAUUUGUUUCAUCCCAAUUUUGUCUAA